CACACGCAGAGCAGAGCAGCACACCUUCAUGCUUGCCAAGCGUUUCGGAUGGUGUGUCACCUUUUCUCCAGGCACUCUAAUUUGUCAUUGAGGAACCUAUUCACUGACUUUUGUAGAGGAUUUCAAUUGCGUUAACAUUGCAACGUUAUUGCUGGGGAAUCUCUGCACGUCACGUCCACUCGGCUUCUGUGAGAUUGCACCUUGGAUGUUUGGCCAUCCCGUGUCUUGCACGGUGGAGAUACUUGCUCCCGGUACUAUUUAGACGAAAACCGAGAAACACUGUGGGAUCCGCACUCUACUGGCGAGAUAUUAUCAUUGAUCAUCGGGACGGGCCUACAUCGGACGUGUUUCCAGAAUGAGACGCUGCGGACAGUGAUCGCUCGUGCGCUGCCCUGAACCGGAGGAGGACGCCAUGGAAGUGAAGGAGCGCCGGCCCUACCGCUCUCUGACCGCGCGGCGCGACGCCGAGCGGCGCUACACCAGCUCCUCGGCGGACAGCGAGGACGGCAAGGCCAACGCCAAGUCCUACAGCUCCAGCGAGACGCUGAAGGCCUUCGACCAGGACUCCCGCAUGGCCUACGGGACCCGGGUCAAGGACCUGGUCCACCACGAGGUGGACGAGUUCAACAGACAAGGAGCAGACUUCUCCCUGCGGGACCUGGGCUUCGGCGAGGCCCUGCCCUCCCACGUGCCGGCGGUGGGCUACCGCGGCGAGCUGGGCCUGCAGCAACGGGACUACUCGGUCAGCGUGGGCUCGGACGCCGACACGGAGACGGACGGCGUCAUGUCCCCGGAGCACGCCGUCCGGUUGUGGGGCCGCGGAGGCGCCGGCGGGAACCCCAAGUCGGGCCGCAGCUCCUGCCUGUCCAGCCGGGCCAACUCCAACCUGACCCUGACCGACACGGAGCACGAGAACACGGAGAGCGACGGCGUGUUCCAGAACCACUCUCGGCUCAGGACGCCGCCCCUCGCCCACUCCCACUCACCCAACCACCAGCACCACCACGCCGCCUCCGCCAACUCUCUGAACCGGGCCACCUACACGCCCCGCAGCAACCCCAGCCCCGCGCCCACCGACGGCUCCGCCCCUCCCGACGGCCCCGCCUCCGGCGCCACCGAGCCGGGGGGCGGCACCCCGGACAACUGGCUGCUCAACAGCAACAUCCCACUGGAAACCAGGAGCCAGAAUACUCUAAUGUUUAUCAGAGAGGAGCGUGACGCAUGCAGAGAGGGGCAGGGCACGUACAAUACCAGAAACAUAUCAAAGCAGGCAUUCCUAGAGACUUUGCAGGACAACCUGAUUGAGAUGGACGUGCUGGCGUCAGCGCAACGUGAGGCCGCGUACAACCACGGGCACUUCCUGUUCAAGCCCGGCGGCACAUCCCCCAUGUACUGCACCACGUCCCCCGGAUACCCCCUGACCUCCAGCACGGUGUACUCGCCGCCGCCGCGCCCCCUGCCCCGCAACACCUUCUCCAGGCCGGCCUUCAGCCUCAAGAAGCCCUACAAGCACUGCACCUGGAAGUGUGCCGCGCUCAGCGCCAUCCUCAUCUCCGUCACGCUGCUCGUCCUCCUGGCCUACUUCAUCGUCCUGUGGGAGAAGAGGACGGCCAUCCUGCAGGGCUACGAAACCACGGCCUCCAAGCUGGGGGGAUGGGCGAUCGACAAGCACCACGCCCUCAACAUCCAGAGUGGUAUCCUCCACAUGGGCAACGGCGAGAACGUCUUCAUCUCCCAGCAGCCCCCUGUGAUCGGCAGCGUGAUGGGCAACGGCCGCCGCCGCAGCAUCUCCUGCCCGAGCUGCAACGGGCUGGCGGACGGCAACAAGCUGCUGGCCCCCGUGGCGCUGGCCAGCGGCUCCGACGGCAGCCUCUACGUCGGGGACUUCAACUACGUCCGCCGCAUCUUCACCACGGGGAACGUCACCAGUGUGCUGGAGCUCAGAAAUAAAGACUUCAGGCAUAGUAACAGCCCCGCCCAUAAGUACUACCUGGCGGCCAGCCCUGUGAGCGGCGCGGUGUACCUGUCAGACACCGGCAGCCGGAAGGUGUUCCGGGUCAGGUCCCUGAGCGCCGUGAAGGACGUGGCCAAGAACCUGGAGCUGGUGGCGGGCACCGGGGACCAGUGCCUGCCCUACGACGACGCGCGCUGCGGGGACGGGGGCAAGGCGGCCGAGGCCACCCUCACCAACCCUAGAGGCGUCACCGUGGACAAGUACGGCAUCGUCUUCUUCGUGGACGGCACCAUGAUCCGCCGGAUCGACCAGAACGGCAUCAUCUCCACCCUCCUGGGCUUCAACGACCUCACCUCCGCUCGCCCCCUCAGCUGUGACGCCGUCAUGGACAUCUCGCAGGUUCGGCUGGAAUGGCCCACCGACCUGGCGGUGAGCCCCCUGGACAACUCCCUGUAUGUGCUGGACAACAACGUGGUGCUGCAGAUCUCGGAGAACCACCAGGUGCGCAUCGUCGCCGGGCGGCCCAUGCACUGCCAGGUCCCGGGCAUUGACCACUUCCUGCUGAGCAAGGUGGCCAUCCACGCCACGCUGGAGUCGGCCAACGCCCUGGCCGUGUCUCACACCGGCGUCCUGUACAUCGCCGAGUCGGACGAGAAGAAGAUCAACCGCGUGCGCCAGGUGUCCACCAACGGAGAGAUCUCGCUGGUGGCGGGCGCGGCCAGCGGCUGCGACUGCAAGAACGACGCCAACUGCGACUGCUACUCGGGCGACGAGGGCUACGCCAAGGACGCCAAGCUGAACGCGCCGUCGUCCCUGGCCGUGUCGCCCGACGGCGAGCUGUUCAUCGCCGACCUGGCCAACAUCCGCAUCCGCUUUGUGCGCAAGAACAAGCCCUACCUGAACCCGCUCAACAUGUACGAGGUGUCGUCGCCCAUCCACGACGAGCUCUACCUGUUUGACGCCAACGGCAGUCACAUCUACACCCAGAGCCUGACCACCGGGGACCACCUCUACAACCUGACGUACUCGGGCCAGGGGGACCUGGCCUCCGUCGUGGACAAGAACAAGAACCUGGUGACCAUUCGCCGGGACACCACGGGCAUGCCCCUGUGGCUCAUGGUGCCCGACGGCCAGACCUUCUGGUUCACCGUGGGCACCAACAACGCCCUGAAAACCAUCGCAGCCCAGGGCCAGGAGCUCGCGGUGAUGACCUACCAUGGGAGCUCGGGGCUGCUGGCCACCAAGACCAACGAGAACGGAUGGACCACGUUCUACGAGUACGACUCCUACGGCCGCCUGACCAACGUCACCCACCCCACGGGCAGGGUGAGCAGCUACCGCUCCGACAUGGACAGCAGCGUCCGGGUGCAGGCGGAGGGCUCUAACAAGGAGGACAUCACCAUCACCACCAACCUGUCCGCCUCCGGGACCUUCUACACACUCAUGCAGGACCAAGUGAGGAACAGCUACUACGUAGGGCUGGACGGCUCGCUGCGGCUGGUGCUGGCCAACGGCAUGGAGGUGUCCCUGCACACGGAGCCCCACCUGCUGGCCGGCACCGUCAACCCCACGGUCAGCAGGAGGAACGUGACGCUGGCCAUCGACAACGGCCUCAACCUGGUGGAGUGGCGGCAGCGCAAGGAGCAGGCGCGCGGCCAGGUCACCGUGUACGGACGCCGCCUCCGGGUCCACAAUAGGAACCUGCUGUCGCUGGACUUCGACCGGAUCACACGAACGGAGAAGGUGUACGACGACCACCGGAAGUUCACCCUGAGGAUCCAGUACGACCAGGCGGGCCGGCCCACCCUCUGGGCCCCCAGCAGCCGGCUCAACGGCGUCAACGUCACCUACUCCCCGGGGGGGCACGUGGCUGGGAUCCAGAGAGGCACCAUGUCGGUGCGCAUGGAGUACGACCCCAACGGACGCAUCACCUCCCAGAUCUUUGCCGACGGCAAAUCAUGGAGCUACACCUACCUAGAGAAGUCCAUGGUGCUGCUGCUCUACAGCCAGCGGCAGUACAUCUUCGAGUUCGACAAGAACGACCGGCUCUCGUCGGUGACCAUGCCCAACGUGGCGCGCCAGACCCUGGAGACGACCCGCUCCAUCGGCUACUACCGCAACACCUACCGGCCCCCCGAGGGCAACGCCUCGGUGCUGCAGGACUACAGCGAGGACGGCCAGCUCCUCCAGACCACCUACCUGGGCACCGGCCGCCGCGUGGUCUACAAGUACGGCAAGCUGGACAAGCUGCUGGAGAUCCUGUACGACACCACCCGCAUCGCCUUCUCCUACGACGAGGUGUCGGGCAUGCUGAAGACGGUGAACCUGCAGAGCGAGGGCUUCACCUGCACCAUCCGCUACCGGCAGAUCGGCCCGCUCAUCGACCGGCAGAUCUUCCGCUUCAGCGAGGAGGGCAUGGUGAACGCCCGCUUCGACUACGUCUACGACAACAGCUUCCGGGUGACCAGCAUGCAGGCGGUCAUCAACGAGACGCCCAUGCCCAUCGACCUGUACCGCUACGACGACGUGUCGGGCAAGACGGAGCAGUUCGGCAAGUUCGGCGUCAUCUACUACGACAUCAACCAGAUCAUCACCACGGCGGUGAUGACGCACACCAAGCACUUUGACGCCUACGGCCGCGUCAAGGAGGUGCAGUACGAGAUCUUCCGCUCGCUCAUGUACUGGAUGAUGGUGAACUACGACAACAUGGGCCGCGUGGUGGUGAAGGAGCUGAAGGUGGGGCCCUACGCCAACACCACGCGCUACACCUACGAGUACGACGCCGACGGGCAGCUGCAGGCGGUGUCCAUCAACGACAAGCCCCUGUGGCGCUACAGCUACGACCUCAACGGCAACCUGCACCUGCUGAGCCCCGGCAACACGGGGCGCCUCACGCCGCUGCGCUACGACCCGCGCGACCGCAUCACGCGGCUGGGCGACGUGCUGUACCGCGUGGACGAGGACGGCUUCCUCAAGCAGCGCGGCAACGACUACUUUGAGUACAGCUCGGCCGGACUGCUCACCAAGGUGUACAACCGGGUGAGCGGCUGGAGCAUCCGCUACCGCUACGACGGGCUGGGCCGCCGCGUGUCCAGCCGCAGCAGCGCGGGCCACCACCUGCAGUUCUUCUACGCCGACCUGUCCAGCCCCACGCGGGUCACCCACAUGUACAACCACACCAGCUCGGACAUCACCUCGCUGUACUACGACCUGCAGGGCCACCUGUUCGCCAUGGAGCUCAACAGCGGCGACGAGUUCUACGUGGCGUGCGACAACAUCGGCACGCCGCUGGCCGUGUUCAGCGGCGCCGGCCUCAUGAUCAAGCAGAUCCUGUACACGGCGUUCGGCGAGGUCUACCUGGACACCAACCCCAGCUUCCAGGUGAUCGUGGGCUACCAGGGCGGGCUGUACGAGCCACUCAGCCGGCUGGUGCACAUGGGCCGGCGGGACUACGACGUGAUGGCGGGCCGGUGGACCACGCCCGACCACGAGGUGUGGGCGCGGCUUAACAGCGACCACAUCGUGCCCUUCAACCUCUACAUGUUCAAGAACAACAACCCGCUGAGCAACAACGAGGAGACCAAGUGCUACAUGACAGAUGUGAACAGCUGGCUGGUGACCUUUGGCUUCCAGCUGUACAACGUGAUCCCGGGCUACCAGAAGCCCAACACUGACACCAUGGAGCCCUCCUACGAGCUGCGCAGCACCCAACUCAAGAUGCAGGAGUGGGACAGCACCAAGUCCUUCCUCGGGGUGCAGUGUGAGGUCCAAAGGCAGCUCAAGUCCUUCGUCAAGCUGGAGCGCUUCGGGCAGAUCUACCGGGCCAAGGGCGCGGGCUGCCCGCAGGCCGAGACCCGGAAGCAGUUUGCGUCCUCCGGCUCCAUCUUCGGCAAGGGGGUGAAGUUCGCCAUUCGCGACGGCCGCAUGAGCACCGACAUCAUCAGCCUGGCCAACGAGGACGGGCGGCGCAUGGCGGCCGUCCUCAACGACGCCGCGUACCUGGAGGACCUGCACUUCACCGUGGGCGGCAUGGACACGCACUACUUCGUCAAGCAGGGCUCGGUGGAGGCCGACCUGGCCCUGCUGGGCAUGACGGUGGGCCGGCGCACGCUGGAGACGGGCGUGAACCUCACGGUGUCCCAGGUCAACGCGGUGGUGGGCGGGCGCACGCGGCGCAUCACCGACAUCCGGCUGCAGUACGGCGCGCUCAGCCUCAACACGCGCUACGGCAGCAGCGUGGACGAGGAGAAGGCGCGCGUGCUGGAGGCGGCGCGGGAGCGGGCGGUGGCGCGCGCCUGGGCCCGCGAGCGCCAGAGACUGCGGGACGGCGAGGAGUGCUCGCGGAGCUGGACGGAGGGCGAGAAGCAGCAGCUGCUGGGCUCGGGCCGCGUGCUGGGCUACGACGGCUUCUACGUGGUGUCGGUGGACCAGUACCCCGAGCUGGCCGACAGCGUCAACAACGUCCACUUCAUGAGACAGAGCGAGGCGGGACGCAGGUGACAUGAACACAGGGCUCCGCUGGUGAGGGACUAGCACACGCACGCUUCGCGCACACUAACACAAACACACACACACACACACACACACGUGAAAACACACACAUGUACGUACACACAUCCACUCUCGAACACACACACACACACCAGACUUGUUGCCAAAGACAGCUGCCUACUCCACCACCACUUGGUUUCCUUGGACGGUUGUG